AUGGUCUCGCUAGCCCUCAAGUCUCGUUCAAGAGGAUACAACUCAUUCGAAGUUAAAUUAAAUGAAAAUCAAUCUCUCGAUUCGCUUACAGUUCAAGACCUCAAGUCUAUCAUCAAGAAAUCUACAAAGCUUGAUUCGAUUCGUCAGCGACUUACUACGGCCGAUAAAAAAGUUCUCGAUGACGAUCGAAAAGCUUUAUCAGACUACAAUAUUUUAGAUGGUGAUGAGAUCACCUUCAAGGACCUAGGUCGCCAAAUCUCAUGGAGGACGGUUUUCUUGAUCGAAUAUGUAAGACCAGCUAGAUUGUCGAUUUUGCUUGGACCUUUGAUCAUUCACCCUCUAUUCUACUUCCCGAACCCAUUAUCAAAUCAAAUUUACAAAGGUCCAGUCUUACACAGUACAAUGCAAAAAUCGGCCUUUGCUAUGGUGAUGGCCCAUUUCGUUAAAAGGGAACUUGAAACUAUCUUAGUUGAACAAAAACUUGUUCUACUAAAAUCAUCUAUCAACAGCGUUCAUCGGUUUUCAAAUGCUACAAUGCCAUUCCGUAACAUAUUCAAGAACUCAUUCCAUUACUGGAUCCUUUCUGGUGUUCUUUUAGCUAUUCCGAUCUAUGGUCAAAAUUCCUCAAGUUACAAAUUAGCAUCCACAAUCUUUGAUUCACCAGCCUGGCUUGGUUCUUGUCUUGCACUUUGGACUUAUGCGGAACUUUCGAACUUAACCGUACACAUGCAUCUAAGAUCACUAAGACCACCUGGAACAAAGACCCGAGUAUUGCCAUACGGUUAUGGAUUUAAAUUAGUACAUUGUCCAAAUUAUUUUUUUGAAUCACUAGCUUGGUUUGCAUUUACUGCAUUAACUGGAUCAUGGGCAUCUGGAUUAUUUUUGAGUGUUAGUACGACUCAAAUGAGUUUAUGGGCACUUAAAAAAUCAAAAACUUAUAAAAAAGAGUUUGGUGAUCAAGUACCUAAGACUCGUAAAGCGAUCUUUCCAUUUAUUCUUUGA